CGUGUGGUUUAAACUAUCUUUUUCUUUUUUCUUAGGUGGAAACUGUCUUCCAUGAAUUUGGUCAUGCACUUCAGCAUAUGCUUACCAAACAAGAUGAGGGUCUGGUUGCUGGUAUUAGAGGAAUAGAGUGGGAUGCUGUUGAAUUACCUUCUCAGUUCAUGGAAAACUGGUGUUACCACAGAGAAACAUUAAUGGGCAUUGCAAAGCAUUUUGAAACUGGUGAGAGUCUCCCUGAAGAAGUAUAUUUGAAGCUUGUUGCUGCUAGGACUUUUCGAGCUGGCUCUCUAAGUCUUCGACAGUUAAAAUUCGCAAGUCUAGAUCUGGAACUUCAUACAAAAUAUGUUCCUGGGGGACCCGAGUCCAUCUAUGAUGUUGACCGCAGAGUUUCUGAAAAAACUCAAGUGAUUCCUCCAUUACCAGAGGACAGGUUCCUUUGCAGCUUUAGCCAUAUAUUUGCAGGUGGAUAUGCAGCUGGAUACUAUAGCUACAAGUGGGCUGAGGUGCUGUCUGCAGAUGCUUUCUCAGCAUUUGAGGAUGCUGGAUUGGAUAAUGACAAGGCUGUUAAAGAAACGGGGCACAGGUUCCGGGAGACCAUUCUUGCUCUUGGAGGUGGCAAGGAACCACUGGAUGUUUUUGUGCAAUUCCGUGGCCGAGAACCAACACCAGAUGCAUUGCUUAGGCACAAUGGCCUAUUACCAGUUGCAGCUUCAUGAUAGAGUUGCCACUUUUAUACUUAAUAUAAAUGGGACUCAAUUACG